AUGAUGCAAGCCCGCCUGAAUGAUGCUGCAAUCGAACUCUAUCAGUUGCUGGACAAAGCCAACAUCAAGCAUGGAAUUUUCGGUGGAUAUGCCAUUGGAGCACUUGGCGGACCACGUGAAAACAAGGACAUUGACUGCAUCGCCUCGACCUCGAAGGAAGCGUUGGUUCAGUUGCUCGAUGGGAACUCCGGUUUCCAAUGUAUUCCUCAAAGUCGCACUGACUAUGUUGCGUUCUUGUGGUCCGACCGAGCUGACCGCGGGAAUGCCGUGCUUGUUGAGGUCUUCGUCGAACAGUUCGAAGGUGUGUCGCAUUCCUUAGGGAAGACCUUGCUGAUUCGAGCAGACGCCCGUUACCGAAUGCCGGAUCUCGCCACGCGGACUCUUUCUGUUUCAGGACAGCUUGGCGCUUCCGGCGUUGUGUCGCUUCUGGACCCAGUUUAUAUCUUCAAAGGCAAGCUUCGUGCAGCGGCCACACGCGGUAAAUUUCACGAUUCUGCGGAUAUUCGAUGGCUGGUGAGUCGCUUCGCAGACGAGUUGAAAGCUAAGCGGAGCGAAUUCAACCUGGACCAUGUUGGCCUUGCCAUAAAGAGGUAUCCAGAGCUGGAACUGACAUUUCGUACUUUGGAUAUGGAUCUUGUGAAGGUGAAAGAGCGCGUGGCGUCUGUCGAAUUGGCUCAAUUGCCGCCUCCGACGCGUGGGGAUGUUCAGUCUGGUAUACUUGGAUGA